ACUCUCUCCAAUUGCCAAGAGAAUCUCUCUCUGUGUGGUCUAGUGACUGGUCUACAAUGCAAUCUCACGUGCAACACGCUGUAGAUUUUGUUUUAUAGAUUAAACAUCUUUAAAGUCGCUAUACUUUCUUCGUGAACUUCAUAAAAAGGCUAGUUCGUUUGGUCUUUUGGGAUUGUUGUGGGUGUCCGGGGCUCAUUCAAGUUCAUUUUCUUUCAUUUAGCUAGGUUUCUUUCAAGGAAACAGUUCUCAGCUUUUUAAGUCUUCUUCUCUAACAAGCCAUUAAGACCGUUCUUUAUUUUCUCUAGUGUGUCUUUCGACGCGUUUGUCUGCCUCUAAGUACAAAGUGUCUCCCGGAAAGAGAGAGUGACAAGUCAGGAAAAAGUAAUAAGAUUUGAUAGAGAGAUGGCAUUAGAAGCAGUGAUUCAUCCGCAGGACACAUUUAAUUAUGCCUGCAAAGACUUGUACUCUCUGGUAGCUGGAGCUGGAGCUUGGGGCUAUGACUUCUGUUUUAAAGAAGAACGUAAACCACUUCCUGGAGUUCUUGAUCACAAUAACAACAGAGAACAAGGUCUCCAUGCAAAUUGGGAUUCCUCAUCUCCUUCAAUGAUGCAACACACAAUGGAGUGGGGUCCUAAUUCUUCUCCUGAGGCCUGCACAGCUGACCAAUCUCUAUCUGGAGAAUUAUUGGCUUCAAUGGAACCACCGGCAACAACAGCAGCAGGGAGGCGGAAGCGAAGACGCACUAAGAACAGCAAAAACAAGGAAGAAAUUGAGAAUCAGAGGAUGACUCACAUUGCUGUUGAACGCAACCGCCGUAAACAGAUGAACGAGUAUCUAGCCGCGCUCCGGUCUCUUAUGCCGCCUUCUUAUGUUCAAAGGGGUGACCAAGCAUCGAUAAUCGGCGGCUCCAUUAACUUUGUUAAAGAGUUAGAACAGCUUUUGCAGUCCAUGGAGUCCCAGAAGAGGACUGCUAAAAGCCCAGGCGAUAAUGGCGUCUCUUCUCCAUUUGCGAACUUCUUCGCUUUUCCACAAUAUUCAUCACGUGCCACUCAGCGCAGCAAUUCAUUUGGCACUGCAAGUGAUUCGAAUAUGACCGAUAACAUUGCAGACAUAGAAGUGACAAUGGUGGAGAGCCAUGCCAACGUUAAGAUACUUACAAAGAGACAACCCAGGCAGCUCCUUAAGAUGGUAGCCAGGUUUCAAAGUCUCCGGCUCAGUAUUCUCCAUCUCAAUGUCACAUCUACUGUUGAUCAAAUGGUCCUCUAUUCAUUUAGUGUUAAGCUUGAUGAAGGGUGCCAACUGAGCACGGUGGAUGAAAUUGCUGGUGCUGUGAACCAAACACUACUGAAAAUUGAGGAGGAAGCUGCAACUUUUAUUUAGAUAAUAGCUAAUCAAAAUGUGAAUAUAACCCUAAUUUU